CUCUUUAAAAAUUCCAGAGGAAAGGAAGAGAGAGAAAAUAAAAUAGCAGUGGAUUUGGGCUUGAAAGGCUCUGCGAUUGGCGGAGGCCUCCUGUCUCUCCUCAUUACACAUUCCGGCACGUAUUCCUUGUGUUUUCUCUCCUCCUCUCCCCUUUUUCUCUUUGCCUACUUAUAAUCCUAUUGGUUUUGCUGUCCUUCUUCUUCGGUUGUCUCACUUGGUACUGGGCUGCAGCUUCAGGUACUGGAAUAACAUUCCAUUUGUGCUUCGGAGGGUUUGUAAGAUGCAGAAUAUGGUUUGCUUUAAGAACACUAGCAGUGUCAGCCAGACUUCUCUUGGUCAGCCUGCCCAGACAUCUUUGGCUCCAUGGUGGAUUGGAUCUCAGCCACUCUAUGGGGAACCCUUCAGUCAAUUCAAGAAUUUGUCUGGGGAACACACGAAGGGAGACACCUCAUUAACUUGUGCUUCCGGGCAAGUGCACCAUGCUGUUGAUCAAAGAUUGGGUUCAGGUCAGCAAAUAGAAGAGAAAGGGAAUGGAUGUGGUGAUUCUGCCAAGUUCCAGAUUAUUCCGGGAAAGGGGCAGAAAAAUCAGCCACAUUCCACUACCAUCUCUCUACAAUCCCCACCUGACUUUCAGGGCCGUUUUGAGCUAGGACUUGGUCAAUCAGUGGUUUGCUCAAAUUAUCCGUACAUUGAUCAAUGCUAUGGCCUGUUUGCAACUUAUGGAGCUCAAGCAAUGCAUGGGCGGAUGCUUCUACCACUGAAUAUGACUGCUGAUGUACCCGUAUAUGUUAAUGCUAAACAAUACAACGGCAUUGUUAGACGCAGGAAAGCUCGUGCAAAAGCAGAGAUGAAGAGCAAACUGACCAAAAUUAGGAAGCCGUAUCUCCAUGAGUCGCGCCAUCAACACGCAAUGCGGCGUCCAAGAGGCUGCGGUGGCCGUUUCCUGAAUACAAAGAAAGAUGCGAAUGUUCAAACUGAGAACAAGCCUGGUAACCCCAACAAUGGCAUGCGACCGACUCGUCUUGCUACAUCUCCAAGCUCUGAAAUUCUUCAAUCCGAUAGCGGAAACCCGAACUCGGCUAGCUGCGGCUCAAGCAUAUCCAGAUCAGAAGUGACCAGCAUGUAUUCACAAGGUGAAAAUGAUCACUUCCAUCUCAUUGAGCAUCUCCGUCCGUCUCUUUACCAUCCUCUAUCGAGCAUGAUUGUUGGAGACCACAGCUCGGUUAUCCCUUCGAAAUGGGGAACAGCAGCUGAUGGUUGCUGUGACCUUCUCAAGGUCUGAGGUGCCGAGCUUGCUGCAACCAGAUGGAAGAGCUAGCUGCAAUAGCCGUGAUACUGCUUUGCAGCCUUUGCUGCCAUCUGGUUAGUUGAAAGGCAAAUCAUUCUUGGCUUAAUCUGCAUUGAGGCAUAUUUCUCUUCAGUGACACUGAUGGAAAUCCUCACUGCUCUGUAUCAAGACUUAAUACAGCAGUAGUAGCCUUUAGCUCUUUUGCUUUCUGUAGUGGUAGUCUGUGUGAGAUAAUAAGAAGUCGAAGUAUGUGGGCUUUUUGUGUUCUGUGUGAUGGUCAUAGUAGUUGUGAUGCUUCUAACUUUGUGCUUGUUUGUUAAUAGUAUUUAUGACUGUUUCUGUGGAACUUUAAGCCUGGCCUUCAGUAUUUCACUGUUAGCUAAGCUCUUUGAGAACUUUGAAGCUUGGAAUUAAAGUACUUUCUACUUAGGUUGUUGCUU